AUGCAUUCGAAAGACAAGCGGAAAUUCGAGACAGAUGAUCUCCAACCCGGAGUCUUGAAGCAGCGGAAGGUAAUCGGACCUUCUCUUCCUCCACCUCAGGAGGCCGACGCCGCAAACAAUGAAAUUAGCAAUGAUGAUGAUGAUGAUGAUGAUGAUGAUGAUGAUGAUGAUUUCGGUCCAAGCCUUCCUCCCUCUGGCCCACUGAAAACCUGUGUGCAGCAAGAGCCUACUACUUUUGAUAUAAAUAAACCGGUGCAGAGGGAAAGUCGGCGAGACCAGUGGAUGCUACAACCUCCUUCCCAUUCCGACUGGUCUUCCAGGAUCGACCCAACACAAUUACGAAAUCGCAAAUUCAAUUCAGGCAAAUCAGCCACGGCACCUAAAAGCAUGGAUUCCUCGUGGGUGGAGACCCCAGAGGAGCGAAUGAGGCGACUACAGGAUGCAGUUAUGGGCGUGGCUGCUUCAACAAAUCAGCCUGAGGACCACAAACGUGCUUCCAACGCAAAGCUGAUGGAGGAUCAAAUCAAGAGAUACAAGGACAUGACUGGGAAAAACACUAGCCUAGAAACCGCAAAUCAGGCUGGGAAAGAAGAUGAUGAUCCAAGUGCGCGCGCAUUUGAUCGAGAGAAGGAUAUGGCAGUUGCGUCAAAAAUAUCCAGCGCGCAGCGCCGGGAGAUGGUAAAGAAGGCUGCGGAUUACAACACGCGUUUCACAAAGGGCAACUUCUUAUAG